CCCUGUGGGGUUGUUUUCUUUUUUAAAAACCUGAAAAUGAGGAAAUGAAUCUCCUAAGCUCUGAGUCGAGAAAAUCUAACAUCUCAGGUUCUUGGCAGGACAUGUGAUACCAAUCAGGCCUCUUAUAAGAUAUUGGCCCUGAGGGCCCUUUCUCUUUCCAUCUCAGGAACUCAAACAUGACCAGGAAGAUCUUCACAAAUACCAGGGAGCGGUGGAGGCAGCAGAAUGUCAACAGCGCCUUUGCCAAGCUGAGGAAGCUCAUUCCCACUCACCCUCCAGACAAAAAGCUGAGCAAAAAUGAAACGCUUCGCCUGGCAAUGAGGUAUAUCAACUUCUUGGUCAAGGUCUUGGGGGAGCAAAGCCUGCAACAAACGGGAGUGGCUGCUCAGGGGAACAUUCUGGGGCUCUUCCCUCAAGGACCCCACCUGCCAGGCCUGGAGGACAGAACUCUGCUUGAGAACUACCAGGUUCCUUCACCUGGUCCAAGCCACCACAUUCCUUAGUGUGGCUCUGGCUGUCAUCUCCCAGGGCAGCACUUGCUCAGAAAUCACUGCCUGUGGACAGACUUUUAGCAUGUUCCAGAGUUGACUUGAUGAUAACUCGUGAAGCAUGAAUUUUAGCUUCCUGGGAGGUGGCUCAGAGACAGCUGCAGGGAGCUGAAAGAAGCCAUCAGGAAUGUCACUUGUGGGCCGCCACCCCCCAGGGAUGUCAGGUAGAGCGGCCUACCUCUGCCUAUUUUAAAUCCACGUUCUGCAUAAGACUUUUGGAGAAAAAAUUCUAAGUAAAAAAAAAAAAAGGCUGAAAAUCACUGUUUACUCAAUGUCUUCAGUUAUAAGAAAGAAGUUUUCUCAUAAUGGAUCUCAGAUGAAUAAGUAGAAUAUGCUUCCUUCAGAACAUAUUUUAAAGUUUGUUUUGAAAAAUGAGAUUUGAUCAAGGGUGAACAAAAUAAAUCUUAAGAUUGAUGGGCCGGGCACGGUGGCUCACGCCUGUAAUCCCAGCACUUUGGGAGGCUGAGAUGGGCAGAUCACCUGAGGUCAGGAGUUCGAGACCAGCCUGGCCAACAUGGUGAAACUCCAUCUCUACUACAAAUACAAAAAUGAGCCAGGUGUGGUAGUGUGCACCUGUAAUCCCAGAUACUCAGGAGGCUGAGGCACGAGAAUCGCUUGAACCCGGGAGGGGGAGGUUGCAGUGACCCAAGAUCAUGCCACUGCACUCCAGCCUGGGCAACGGAGCAAGACUCAGUUCAAAAACAACAACAACAAAAGUUUUCUCAUAAUGGAUCUCAGAUGAAUGAGUAGCAGCAUAUGCUUCCCUCAGAACAGAUUUUAAAGGUGGUUUUGAAAAAAUGAGAUGUAUUUGAUCAAAGGUGAACAAAAUAAAUCUUAAGACUGAUGAAUAGAAAGAUAACCCCUGCAGAAACCAACCUGGGAGACUUGUGGGAAAAAUCUGUGGAGAAAAGACACCCCCCGCCCCCCCCGCCACUAAGGUGUGGGGAUUACAGGAAUGCAGCAGAGAUACGUGGAACAGUUCUGUGUCCUUUCAACUCUGUAGAAGUGUGAGGUGCUACUUGUGCUGAGCCAUUUGUAUAUAUAUGACUUCUAAAGCCAAAUAGUGGAUUAUAUCUGUGAGACGAAACAACUGGAUAAUUUAUGUGUUAGGGCUCGUAGUUUUCUUACGAAAAACAGCUGAAAUAAGUUAGCUAAAGCCUUCACUUCACAUGUCAUGCAUUGAAACGUUUCACUCAGCCUGAACUCCUGCUGAUUUAAGACCUGUAAAAUUCAAUUAUAAUUAUGAAAAUCCAAACAUUACCAUUUAACGACUCAUUUAACAGAGAGCUUAGUUUAAACAAAACAUUUAGAGUAAACAAUAGAAAUGUAAUACCAGACGCUAAUGAACUAAUGAAUUUGUAAUUUGUCUUCUUUGCUAUGGCACAUUAGCCUUCUCAAAAAAGAAAAAAGUUUCUCAUAAUAGAUCUCAGAUGAAUGAGUAGCAUAUGCUUCCCUCAGAACAGAUUUUAAAGUUGGUUUUGAAAAAUGAGAUGUAUUUGAUCAAGGGUGAUCAAGCUUAGUCUUAGGCUGGGAGGGCUGGUACCCAACAAGUCAGUGAAAUAGCACGGAUCUGGCAGAAUCCAUCACCAUAUGCCACCCUGAUGAUACUUGGAGUCAAAGAUAAAUCCCAUAGUUGAACCUGGAAUACAAAUAAUGUUAUUUGAUUAUCUCUGGGACAUUUUCUUUCCCCAAAGUUCUUGACAGUACAUUGGUUUUAAAACCUUCUAAACCAUACGUAGGAAAUUGAUGGAUUUGAGAUUAGGGAUUUCCAGUAUAUACACAAUAGAGGAAUUUAAAUUUCCUGCCACUCAGAAAUAAGGUGUUUUACUUGUGAAAGGUUGAAAUGAGCCUCCUUGGUCUGGUGAUUGGAAGAAAGCUGGAUGAAACUCUUACAAUCUCAUUCUCCCGAAAUAGAAAGGUCAUUAUGUCAUUAAACUCUAUACAGCAUUCACACUUGUAACACAAUGCAUUUAUUUGAACCAGUAAGAUUUCCUUCUAGGCCCUUUAUUUAAACUGUAUUUGGUAAACUUCCCCACGGACCCAGCAUAGUCCAGGGAAACACAUAAGAAAAGAGAUCAAAAUGGUUUUCCUGAAUGUGCAUUUUUUUUUUCUCACUAGCUUAUGUGGACACAAGCUUACCCCCAAAUUACCAGGUGAUAGUACAUUUCAAAGUUUUGAUGACAGUUGUCAAUUAACAUCACUUACUCUCUCAUCUGAAAUUAAAUCAAAAUAACACUUUUUACGGUAUUUUUAUAUUAGCUUUGUUUUAACAUGUUGCCAAGGAAAGCACAGAGUAUCUCUUUGCCUAGAUAUAGGAUUUUGCCCCUCUACCCAGGAUGAGUCCACUUUUCUGCUGCUGGGGCCAUGAUCUGUGUCAAAGGGGGCCAUGAUCUUCGACAAAGAGGGCGUUUCCACUGAAAUGUGACAGAGUGCUCCUGAAAAGUCAUGAGGAGAUCAAGUUCUCAUUAAACUAUGUGAGGGGGAAAUUAUUUAAAGAAAUUUGCAAAUAAUCCUAUAAUAAAUAAAUGAAACUUUAAAUCAUUAAUUUAUGUAUUUCACCUCCUAAAUGAUUUCUUUUGCCUGCUUGCAUUUUUGUACACCAAGUCAUGUUUGGUUAAAGUGACUGUUACGUCAGGUGUGUUGGCAUGUGCCUGUACUCCCAGCCACUCGGGAGGCUGAGGCGGGAGGACUGCUUGAUAUUAGGAGUUUGAGGCCAGCCUGAGCAACAUAGUGAUACCUGUCUCAAAGAAAAGAAAGAAGGAAAGAGAAAAAAAAGAAGGUGUCUGCCAAAAAGAAAAUAUAGUCAAUUGUGGACCAAAACCUUGACAAGGUAUCCAUGAGACUGGAAGCUAACUCAAAAAUCAUUCUAGAGUCUUCUCUGGUGUCCUGUACUUAAGGCUUGGUGAUGGCAGUAGCAAGAAUUUAUGAUUCAAAAACAUUAUGGUUCACUGGAUGGUACAUCUGUUUAUAGAUCAUUUGAGCCCAACAGAAUAGUUUGAACAGAUUAUAUAACCUAUGCUACUCUGUAACUUAAACAAAAGUGUUUGGCGGUGGGCACCGUGGUUCACACCUGUAAUCCCAGCACUCUGGGAGGCCGAGGCGGGAGGAUCACCUGAGGCCAGGAGUUCGAUACCAGCCCAGCCAACAUGUUGAAACCCCAUCUCCAAAACAAUUAGCUGGGUGUGGUGGCGGGCGCCUGUAAUCCCAGCUACUCAGGAGGCUGAGGAGAAAGAAUCGCUUAAACCUGAGAGGUGGUGUUUGCAGUGAGCCGAGAUCGCACGACUGCACUCCAGGAGAGAGCAAGACUCUGUCUCAAAAAAAAAAAAAAAGUGUUUAGUCUGCUAUGGACACCACUAGAAAUUUCUAGAAACCAGGUAUAAACAGGUCCAUUGAUUCAUACAGAUCAUUUGAUGGGCUAAUGCCGGUCCCUCAUUUUACAGAGGAGAAAAUGGUUCUAGAGGGAUUUGAAGUGACUUUCCAGAGGCCACAUGCGCAGUUAGUGGAAACCCAGGACCCAGAUCCAGGUCUGCAGACACUGUGUUUAGCCUUUCUACAGCCCUGUUCAGCCACCAAGUAUUUUAGGAUUGAAAAUGAAAAAGCACCUUAUCAUUAUGCUUGUCUCUUUUCAAUAGCAUUCAGUAAUCUUCUUCAUAUGUCUUUUUACUGAAAUUAAAUUAUUGUACUUUGUAAAAUGUGAUUAGAUAU